AUUGGAGCUUCGGUGCGGCGUUCCAGGCACAAACAUUCAUUCACAUUGGACCCGUCGGUGUUGUUCGGCGCUUUGCAUCCCCAUAUUCUUGGAUUCGACACUCCUUGCGAUGUAUUAAAAAAGCACCGCAUGACACACCUACAAUAUGUCAGCUAAAGGCAAAGAGCCAGCGGUCCAAAAGGACGCUGCGCCUUCGAACCCACGAGGUAUCCCCUACGCGCCGUUUGUUGACAAGGUCGAGGACUACAUUACUUCGAGAGACGAUGUCCAAGCUACCCUACGAAGCUUCCAGGAGAUGAUCUCUAAAUACCAAUUCAUGGAACUGAAUCUACAGAGAAGAGUGGCUGGAUUGAAGGAUAAGAUGCCCGAUAUUGAGAAGACCCUCGAGACUGUCAAGUUCCUGAAGACGAGAACGGAGGAAUCUGAUCCGAUCGAGACGACCUUUGAACUGAACGACACCUUGUACGCGAAAGCUUCGAUACCACCUACAGAUGAGGUGUACCUAUGGCUCGGCGCGAACGUUAUGCUGGCAUACCCUAUCGACGAAGCUCAGACACUCCUCACAUCCAAGCUAUCGGCUGCUAAGCAAAGCUAUGCUAACUGCGAAGAGGACCUUGACUUUCUCCGAGAACAGAUUACGACCAUGGAGGUUGCGAUAGCACGAGUGUACAACUGGGAUAUCGUCCAGAAACGAAAAGAAAAAGUUGACGAGGAGCGUAAAGGAAAGGAAGCCGGAGAUGGCGAUGAGCAACCGAACGGUUGAAGGAUUACGCUACCAAGUUGACUGGUUGGGUAUAGCUAGGCUACAUGACUGCGCCAGGCAUCGUCAUAUUCACAGCAUGUGAUGAAGCCACCUGCUAGGCAAUUUACUACGCCUCGAAUCAAUGAUAGAGUAAUACGAAUUAAUAGAGUUCUGUUUAAGGAACUAGUCGAAUUGAAGCUGGGAGCUAUGAUAAUUCAUUACUCGCAUUAUUUCAUCUAAAUCUAUAAAGUUAUACCUGAACUAUUUGAAAUGGCCCGGAUUGGUUGUAUGAAGCGCGAAUGACAGAAAAUACGUUGCGUCGUACCCAGAAUGUACUUACGUAGGGGUUAGUGGCUGGGGAAGUACAUGAGGGGAACGGGACCCUUGUAUUACGUAAGAGGACAGGCGACCUUUCAGCAUGAUAAUAGAGUUUG